AUGGCGUAUCGUCGGUACUCCCGGUACAGAAUUUCGCCAGAAAAUCCGCAAGUUUUGCUAGACAAGGGACUAGUCGAGGAAACUAAGAAUGGGAAUAUCAAGGAAGUUGCUAAAUUACUUGAAAUGGGUGCAAGUGUUGAUGCUACGUGUUACAUCAAGGCGUUGUUUUACGCUUCGGAAAACUAUAUGAGUCCACUGAUGUACGCAGCCAGUUUGGGAUACACGGACAUUUUGAAAUUGUUGCUGAAUAAAGGAGCUGAUCCCUGCCUAUGUGAUCGUUUUGAUGUGACAGCCACUCACUGGGCUGCAGAAAAGGGCCAUGUGCAGUGCAUCAAGUUAUUAUUGGACAAUGGAGCUAAUCCCAGUAUUGCCACUAAGUAUUCAAAACCAGGAUGUUAUACAGCUGUACCUCAUAGAGGCGGCACCACACCAUUACACCUAGCAGCAAGGUACAACAACAGUGCAUGUAUAAAGGAAUUGAUUGAUAACGGAGCUGACUAUAACGCACAGGAUGAGCUUGGAAUGACAAGCUUAUACAUUGCUAGCCACGCUGGUCAUGAAGAGGCAGUGUUGAUUCAAUUACAGAAUGCCAUUGGCAAAGAUAUACUUUCAUUGCCUGUCAAAUAUUCUGAAAGCACUCCAUUACAUGAGUGCGUACAACACAAGAUGUUUGGAGGUGUGAAAGAACUUCUCAGGCAUGGAUCAGAUGUAAACCAUCACGAUACCAGUGGCCUCACACCCUUACACUACGGAAUAUGUCAGUCAACAGACCAGGAUCACAGAAUGGUAGAGUUGUUAGUGUCAGAAGGUCAUAAUGUUGACCUUGAUUACCCAACAUCCAGUGCUGUGACAGAGUAUAUCAAAAGUAGAAUGGACAGGUCCAGGAAUAUGUAUGAUGGCCUUGUACCAUUACAGUUAGUGGUAUUCAACGCAAUAGACGAAACUAACACAAGGUCUUUCCUUCAUCGCCAUGGUUUACUCAUAAACCAUAACGCACAACAACCAGGUGAGCAGCAAAUGCAAUUAGUCCAGAAUCCUCAGUUACCACGCCGACGAUCCAAAGUGGCCGCUUUUCUUAUUGCCUAUGGAGCAAAUUACGAUAUUCUGCUCAGGCCAAAUGGAAAACGAACCUUGCUACAAAACGAGAUAUUUAGUGUGAAUGAUGAUUACACUGUACUCAAUGCAAUAGUACGUGCUAGUGACAUUGUAACUGUACCAGAGGCAUUGCCAAUAUUUAAUAUUGUACAUGACCAGGAACGCAUUGCUGAAUACAACAUUAUGAAAGAAAAGUAUGAUUGGCUCAAGAAUAUUGCGCAUAAUCCACAAUCGUUACAGCACUUGUGUCGCUACAAGAUUCGACAGUGCAUGGGAAAGCGAAGAUUGAAGUUUGUGAAAAAUUUACCACUGCCAGUGACUCUAAAAGAUUUCCUAAUGUUGAAAUAUUGAUUACUAUGAAACAGGCUAUCAAUAUCCCCAUAUAUGUUACAGGGUGAGGUGAUAAUAUGUCUCCGGUUGAGGAGCUUGAACCACUCAUUUGUGGAAAAAAACAUGGAGGAGUUAAGGAGACUUAAUGCUGCUCUA